AAGUUAGAUAGUUAUUUUACGUAAUAAAUAUAAAAAUUAGAUAAAAUAUGUAAAAUAGAUUUUAUUCCAUAUCACCCGUUACUCUUCUCUCACCAACACAGACAGCGACUUCGGCCCCGAUUGGGCCUCAUUGCACCCCGGCAACGCAUCCAGAAUAUGGGCCAGUUGGUGUCUGUGUUGUCGUUGGCGCGUUAAACUUAUGUAUUGACAUGCAAAUGACCACCUCAGAUGACUGUGCCAACUUUAACACUGGCAAUGCUUUAUGCUGUUACGGUAAUUAAGAAGUCUGAUAGAAUUACACAAUUUUUACAAAAUUUGAUCACAUUACAAAUUACAGCCGACAGUAUUACGACAAUACCGUCGACCCUUCCAACGACUACGACGAGCAGUCUUCUCAGAGGCUCCCACAAAGCCACUGUCCGGGAACAAAGAUGUGGUGUUCCGAAUGGCGAUCCCGAUGUUUACAUCGCCGUUGAAAAGGCUAAACAAAGAGCCACGUUUCGGCGUGUCAAAUUGAAAUCACGUGGUGCAAACGUCGCGCACAAAUCGCGAUUCUCCAUACAGCAAACCAUUGUGGGCGGAUUCGAUGCACCGAAUGGUUCUGGUUCUCUUUGCUGGCAAGUCAGCGUCGUUCGACUGGGACCAACAGGUAAUGCGAAUCUGUGCGGCGGAGUUAUCAUUGGCAGUCGGACUAUCUUGACAGCCGCGCACUGCAUGGUGGAUAACGACAUUACCACUGCUCAGUACAAUUCGUCAGCCAAUCGCUUUCUUGUUACAAUUGGCGCUAUCACGCGUGACACCAACGGCGAAACGUUGCUUCCCAACUAUGUGCAAGGAUGCGCAUGGAAUUAUAACGUAUCGCUAUCGAUACCGCAUCCUGAUUUUGAUUCAUCGGUGCAAGAUAACGACUUAGCGUUGCUAAUCCUGUCUGAACCAAUUAAUUUUCGACGUCGGGGAGCCUGUGCAUGCAAGCUGUGUUUGAGCAAACAGAUUCCUGAAGUAGGCGACAAAUGUAUUGUAUCCGGUUUUGGAGAUGAAGUCGAUCUAGAAUUCGACAAUGUGACCGCCCCACGUGAGGCCAUUCCACUGAAAUACGUGCAGCAAACCAUCCUCCAAUCCAGUUACGAUCACUGCGGCUACAUUUUUUUGAAUAAUCACACAUAUACUAAUUUGGAUCUCUUUCUAUGCGCUGGUGGAAAGGUUGGUGAAGAUUCCUGCCAGGGUGACAGCGGAGGACCAUUGUUUUGUUAUGACGCAAACACUUCCACACAGUACCUAGCGGGCAUAGUGUCCAUCGGUAUCGGUUGUGGCACUAGCUGGGGUGCGCUUUACACGAAGGUUGGACUGUAUUUACCAUGGAUUUUUAACACUGCUCCUCUUGGUGAUCUAUCAAUAAUGGUGUAAAAAAAAAGAACAGGAGUUCAAUUAAAAAGCCAAAACUUUUGUCUUCACAAUAGCAGCGGUGUAACUUGCAGCAUCAAAAGCAAGUGCCGUCUUCAGAAUGUCUGUACGAAAUGCGCUUUGGUUGAUUGAGAUCAUUAAAUUAUAUUUGGUAAAGUAUGUUAAAAAGUGAAUGAGAGGUAUCAAAGCACGAUAUUAAGUACAUCACCGCGAUUCCAGAACCAUCCCGUUAUUUAACGUAAUGACCUUUAAAUCAAAACUUUGCGGCGAGGUUUCCGUCCCGGCUUUGCUUCGUUUAUUGAAGAAAUUCCGGCAUGCCCGACCCAAGCGGUGUGAGGUGAGGGUCAACCUUUCAGCCGCAAAGAGAAUACAAGCCAGGGUCAAACCGACAGCCCAGCAGAUGUACACGCCGAUAACAUCCUCGAUCUGCACUUUGCGGAUUUCGUCCGGGCGGCUUUCCAGCUGCUGCUGACAGCGCUUUGGUUUAUAGUUACCUUGCCAUUCGCGGUCCGCCCAGUGCGCAAUUAAUCCAGAGAAGACCAAACGUUGUAUCCUAAAAAUUUAAAUAUUUUAGCAUUUACUUUGUAGUUUGUGCUCACUA